AUGCCCCAGUCUCUCAGAGCUAUCGUCUCUCUCAGUGGGUUUGACUUCAUAGUGACCCAGAAACUCUUCCUCAGGCUGUCAUCCCACUCUAAUCAUAGUCUGCCCACCCCCAGCACCUUCACCCCACCUCCAGAGCCCCUCUCUACCCCCCCCUACCUGCCCUCCCCAGCACCUUCACCCCACCUCCAGAGCCCCUCUCUACCCCCUACCUGCCCUCCCCCAGCACCUUCACCCCACCUCCAGAGCCCCUCUCUACCCCCCCUACCUGCCUUCCCCCAGCACCUUCACCCCACCUCCAGAGCCCCUCUCUACCCCCUACCUGCCCUCCCCCCAGCACCUUCACCCCACCUCCAGAGCCCCUCUCUACCCCCCUACCUGCCCUCCCCCAGCACCUUCACCCCACCUCCAGAGCCCCUCUCUACCCCCCUACCUGCCCUCCCCAGCACCUUCACCCCACGUCCAGAGCCCCUCUCUACCCCCUACCUGCCCUCCCCAGCACCUUCACCCCACCUCCAGAGCCCCUCUCUACCCCCCUACCUGCCCUCCCCCAGCACCUUCACCCCACCUCCAGAGCCCCUCUCUACCCCCCUACCUGCCCUCCCCCAGCACCUUCACCCCACGUCCAGAGCCCCUCUCUACCCCCUACCUGCCCUCCCCCCAGCACCUUCACCCCACCUCCAGAGCCCUACCUCAUAG